CAAGGUACUACUACUACUACUACUACAUCAGUAUACAUCCCACACAUUCACAUGGAAAUGAAAAUAGUAGUUUCACUUGUAUGUAGUUUAAUAAAUUACAAAUAUUAUAAUUCUUACAGUGAGCACAGUUUCAAAGUGAAAUAAUAAUGACAAUAAGAAUGCUAAGAUAAAAGUAUUCACAGGAAUAACAAAAAAGUGAAAUAAAAAAUAGAAAUAAUUAUAAACAAGAAAUGACAACAGUAAACAAGAUUGUCAGUGAUACAGCAGAUAUAAAUGAAAGUUACGAAGAAGAUUUAGAAUUAAAGGAAGAUAUUAUUCUGGAAUUAAAUCAAUUUCCACAUGUUUUAAAAUUCAUGCAAAAAUGUCAACUUCGUAUAAAAGAACAAAAGUCACUAAUUGCAAAAUUACAGAAAGAGAUAAUAAAACUGCAAGGUCAGCAGUUGAUAUUAAAGAAAAGUUUUACUAAUUCUGAAACGCAAACAAGUUUUUCUGAUGGAGAUGGUUCUAGGAAUGAAAUUACGAAAAUAUGGAAUUCAACUGCAGAAGAUAAUCCUACCAAUUUUGUUGAUGAAAUUAAGAAAGUGGCAGAACUUGCAGUUCAGCAAACUGGAUUUGUUUACGAGGAAACCACAGGAUUGUACUAUGAUUAUAAUACUGGAUAUUAUUAUGAUGCAAAAAUGGGCUUAUAUUACGAUGGAAAUUCUGGGAUAUAUUAUUACUACGAUGAACAAAGUAAUUCUUAUAAAUUUCACAGUCAAGCAUAUAUUGAAAAAGCAGAUGAACAGAAUAAGGAAUUGAAAGAAAGUACAAAACGAAAAUUGAGAAAAUUAAAGAGGAAUAGAAGCAAUAAACAUAGAAUGAUUAGUGAAGAUUAUCAAUCUAAUGAACAUGAAGAAGGAGAAUGUUCAGAGAGUGAUAGCAGCUGCAGUAGUCAAGAAGCUGAAUCUACUCAAUUCACUAGUGACGAAAACGAUGACGAUGAUGAUAGAGAUUUAGCGAAAACUUAUCCACCGUGUAUGCGAAUAGUUGUUAAAGAGACCAAUCUAUCAAAACUCAAACUGGGAACUCUUUUUCUUAUUCCUUAUACUGGAGGAUCGAUUGGCCGAGAAGGGAAUCACAAUGUCCUAAUUCAAGACAUAAAUAUUAGUAAGCAUCAUGCUAGAUUUCAAUAUAAUGAAGAGAAGAAGUUAUAUGAAAUCAUAGAUUUGGGCUCUCGGAAUGGAACAAUUCUAAACAAUGUAAGAAUGUCUGUAGCGAAACAAGAAUCAGAUCCCUUCGAAGUAAUACAUGGAUCUAUUUUACAAGUAGGCUGUACAAAACUAUUGUGUCAUGUUCACGAAGGAUAUGAGACGUGUGAAAAUUGCGAACCUGGUCUUCUACUCGCGAAUUCCACUAUUAAUGAAACGUGUAUUUCAAAAAUACAACAAUACAAAUCGGAAUUACGACGGUUGAAAUCAAAAUUCGGCGUUGAAAGCAGCAAUGACGUUGCUGCCAGCAAUGUAGCCGUUGGCUAUCAAGACAGGGCGCAGGCAAGAAGGCAGUGCAAUGGUUCUUCGGAUCAAUAUGCUAAAACAGAACAAACUUCUCUAGAAUCUUCCAUUGCAAAGGACAAUAAAGGUUUCAAACUAUUAUCCAGAAUGGGUUGGUCAGAAGGACAAUCCCUUGGCAAAGAAGGCAGCGGUAUACUGGAACCUGUACCAAUCAUGCAAAACUCUAGUAAAUCUGGCCUUGGAUAUAAAGACUGUAACCCUAUUCCUUUAGAUGAGAAUGUAUCGACAAAAAAGAAACAAAAAUUAUUACAAAAAAUGCAAGAUCGUUACAGCAAAUUGUCAAAUUAACAUUAAAUUUUUUAAUUUCAACUUAGUGAGUGUGAUUAGUUAGUAAAAAUUGUCAACGUUAUAUUUAUAGUUAAUUUUUUUUAAGAUAUUAAAGUAAAUAGGAGAAGAUUACGACA